AAAGUUUUAAUUUUUAUUGCACAUAAAAAUAAUUUACAAUGUCAAUCGUCAAGCUUUUCAACUUAAAUUGUGUCCCAAACUUUAUGAAAACCGUAAAAUUUCAUGGAGGUUACAUAGCUUCCCUUUACAAGUUAUUCGUCAUGGAUAGUCUCAAACCUGGAACAUGUAUGGGGAUUGACGAAUAUGGUAACAAAUAUUACGAGAAUAAAGGUUUUUUUGUUGGAAGGAGUCGAUGGGUUGAAUAUGCUAGAAACGUCUUCCUAGACUACGAUGGUAGUCAAGUUCCAGCAUCCUGGUUCGGAUGGUUACAUUACAAAACUGACUACAUUCCUGAGUGCGAUCCAGGACGUCCCAGUCCUAACUAUAAAUGGAUGUUGGAACAUACAGAAAAUUUCACUGGGACCCCAGGGCAGUAUAUGCCGUAUUCGACUACAAUGCCGAAAAUUCACGCUUGGGUCCCUCCUUGUGAGAAAGACGAUAAAUGUAAUCCAUAAAAUUGAAAUUUCUGUGCUAAUUUUGUAAUAGAAUAAACAAAAUAUGCUGUUUUAUGAAUUAUCUGAGAUAUUGAAAAAUAAUAAUU